CGGGAAUCCCCGGCUGGCUCCUUCCGGGUGCAGGCGCCACCUCCGCCCCGUUCCCGGAGCCUGAGGCGCGGGGGAGGUUCAAACCGCUCCCGGGGCCGCUCGCAGGGGUCUCUGCUCCCCGCGAUGUCGGUCUCGCCCGUGGCCCCGCUGGGGUCGCUGCCCAUUAACCUGCUCAGGGAGCCGCUGCUCCGGCGGCUCAGUGGCGUGCUGGACCGCGCAGCUCCGGGCAGGGGCUGGAGAGACUUGGCGCAGCGAGCCGGGAGCCACGGCAGGGUCCAGCUCAGUUCUCUGGAGUUGGAACAAUGUUCUCUCAAAGUACUGGAGCCAGACGGAAGCCCCAGUUGGAGUCUCCUGAGACUAAUGGGUGAAAGGGGUUGCACUGUGGUGGAACUGAUGGAAUUCUUACAGGCCCUGGAACACACAGAGGCUCUUCAGUGUCUCAGUCCUCCAGGUAUAAAGAUUGUUGUACAGCCAGACCCUAAGUCAGUAUUAUCUGGACAAACGGUCAAACUAUGUUGUUGGGCAACUGGAUAUCCAUUUCUGCAUUAUCAGUGGUUCAAACAGAAAAAAGAGGUUCCACAUGGGACUUCCCCAGAGUUGAUUUUUAACCCAGUGAGUGUAAAUGAUUCUGGGUUUUACAUCUGUCGAGUGAACAGCGAUUCUUCCUUUGUGUUCAGUCGGUGGGCACAACUGGACGUUUGUGAUCUCCAGGGAGUGUCUUAUGGAAGCUUGGUUGGUUUGCCUGAAAACAAGAUACAUAUCUGCAUUCAGCCCCAAUCACAAAACCUGAUGGUAGGGGACACAUUGGUUCUAGAGUGUGGUGCUGUUGGAAACCCAGUUCCUCAUUACCAGUGGUUCAGAAAUGGACUUCUGUUGACAAAUGGGAACAGAAAGGUAUAUAAGGUGUCUUAUGUGGACAUGGAACAUCAGGGGACCUAUUGUUGUCAUGUGUUUAAUGACCAAGACAAUCAAGAAAGCAAGAAGAUAGAAGUCAUGAUAGGAAGAAAAGCCAUGGAAGUGGAAUGCACGGAAGAAGAGUUUAGUAGUCUUGGAAAGCCUGACCUUCAAGAGCAAUCAGCUGACAGGCCUUCUGCAAUUGACAAGGUAGCUCUGUUAAUAGGAAACAUGAGCUAUUGGAAUCACCCUCAGCUGAAAGCUCCAAUGGUGGAUGUCUAUGAAUUGACCAACUUGCUGAGACAGCUGGAUUUCAAAGUUGUUUCUCUGCUGGAUCUUACUGAAUCUGAGAUGCGGAAUGCAGUGGAUGAAUUUUUACUUCUUUUGGACAAAGGAGUGUAUGGUUUAUUAUAUUAUGCUGGCCAUGGCUAUGAAAACUAUGGGAACAGUUUCAUGGUUCCGAUUGAUGCCCCAAAUCCCUAUCGGUCUGCAAACUGUUUGUGUGUGCAGAAUAUACUCAAACUGAUGCAGGAAAAAGAGACUGGGCUCAACGUGUUUUUACUGGAUAUGUGCAGAAAAAGAAAUGAGUAUGAUGAUACCAUUCUGAUCUUGGAUGCCCUGAAGGUUACAGCUAAUAUCGUUUUUGGAUAUGCAACAUGCCAAGGAGCAGAAGCUUUUGAAAUUCAGCACUCUGGGUUAGCCAAUGGGAUUUUCAUGAAGUUCUUGAAGGAACGCAUGUUAGAGGACAAGAAGAUUACUGUGCUACUUGAUGAAGUUGCAGAAGAUAUGGGUAAGUGUCACCUUACCAAAGGCAAGCAGGCUUUGGAGAUUCGCAGCAGUUUAUCUGAGAAGAGAGCAUUAACUGAUCCCAUUCAGCAAACAGGAUCAUCUGCAGAGUCCCUGGCACGGAACUUACAGUGGGCCAAAGCUCAUGAACUUCCAGAAAGUAUGUAUCUUGACUUUAAGUGUGGUGUUCAGAUUCAGCUGGGGUUCGCAGCUGAAUUUUCCAACGUCAUGAUCAUCUACACAAGGAUAGUAAAGAAACCUCCUGAAAUACUAGUUUGCAAAGCGUAUGUUACAGACUUCCCACUUGACUUGGAUAUAGAUCCUAAAGAGGCAAAUAAAGGGACUCCUGAGGAAACUGGCAGCUAUUUAGUAUCAAAGGAUCUUCCCAAACACUGUCUCUACACUAGACUAAGUUCACUGCAGAAACUAAAGGAGCACUUGAUCUUCACAGUUUGUCUGCAUUAUGAAUAUCCAGGAAUAGAUGAUUCCUUGGAUGAAAGGAAGGAAGUUAAUGUUGGGAAGCCUCUUAUUGCUAAAUUAGGCAUUCAUCAUGGAUUUAAGAAAAAUUGUUGCAUGUCUAACAGACCUUUCCAUACCCAAGCAUCCACUCCUGUGGCAACUGAAUACUACCUCUCUCCUAAUCACUGUCAACCAAAUUCCUACCCAGGUGUUCACCAUCCAAACUCUGCUCAUUUAGAUCAUUUCAGGCAGCCAGAAGCAUGCCAUUGCAAUGGGACUUUGAAUGUGCUAACUUCAAGACAAGAAGCAUGGACUUACUCAUCCCACAUAAGAAAGAAUAAUAUACCAGUAGAGACGACUGAUGACACUGUUGACCUGGGAUUCAGCUUCUCCAACAGCCUCAGAUUAUCUAAAAAGCAGUAACUACCAUCUCUGCAGAAUGUGCAGGAGCAUCAAUCCUGGGCUAAAGCACUCCAGCGCUGAUUGUACAUUCUCUGCAGUGUGUUCAUGUUUUGAGAGAAGGUGUACUGGGAAUUGUGGGUUGGGUAUGGGUUAGUACAUUUUCUCCUUGGAAACUUCUCAGAUCCAAAGAGACAAGAAUGGAAUAUAAACUAAUUUUUCACUCCUGAAUUGUUUUCAGCAGUGAAGACAGGUGUGGGGUAAUCAUGGGGAGCUGGUGGCAGGAGAGGUGGGGUGGAGAGAAGCGUGAGCUGGGUACAUGGGAACCCCACAGGAGCUAACCAGCAGGCACGCUGUUAUUGUCUGCAACUGUGCCAGCCAGAAAAAGAACAGAGCAGCAAGCGUGUAGCAUUGAGAGGAAGUUGCAUGUUUGUGGUGGGGAGGAGAUGCACAGCAGAGGCCUUGUUCUUGUAUCACAGGCUCUCUAGGAAUACUGAAGUCUUGAUCUCCUCAGCUGUUCCUGACAUGUCUCUAUAAUGACACAUCCAUCUUAAAAGGCUUGCAUAAUGGACCUGUUUCUAAUCUUGAUUUUUAGUUUACGAAGGGAUCAGUUUUCCUGUGCAAAAACAAAAUGGAAAAAAUAGCAGUUGGAGAAGAGAGGGAGAGGGAAAGCAGUAAAAGGAAUGUCCACAUUAAUGAAACUAAGCUAUAUGUGUACUUUAUAAAUGUAAUUAAAAUAGCGUAGUAAUCACUAAAUGAUAAAUAGAUUUUUAGACUUUCCUGUUCUAACCUGCACCAUCAGUUGAGUUUAACAUUCUGAUUUUCUAUUUAUUUAAAAAAUGGGAACUUCCAUUUCUUUAAAAUGUUUGUGUGCAAGCAGGGCAUGUAAUACCAUUCAUAAAUUCCAAGAGUAAUAGGGUACCAUUAUGAUCAUCUUGUCUGACCUCCUUUAUAAUACAGGACAUAGAACUUCCCCAAAAUAACUCCUGUUUGAACUAGAAUAUGUCUUAAAAAAAAAUCCAUUUGUGAUCUUAAAUUUGUCUGUGAUGGAGAAUCUACCUUAGCCUUUGAUAAAUUGUUUCAGUGGUUAAUUGCCGUCACUGUUUAAAAUUUUGCACCUUAUUUCCAGUCUGAAUUUGUCUAGCUUUAACUUCCAAAUGUUAGAUCUUGUUAUAACUGCUAGACUGAAGAGCCCAUUAUCAAAUAUCUGUUCCCCAGGUAGAUACUUAUAGACUGUGAUGAAGUAAUCCCUUAACCUUCUCUUUGUUAAACAAAACAGAUUGAUUUCCUUGAGUCUAUCACUGUAAGGCUUGUUUUGUAAUGCUUUAAUCAUUCUCAUGUUCUUUUGUGAGCCCUCUCCAAUUUAUCAACAUCCUUCUGUGGAACCUUGAUGUCCAGUGCUUAGAAGAAAUCAACAGAUGACUGAAGAGCAAUAGGCUCAAGCUCAAUGCAGGAAAGACAAAAGCAAUGGUGGUAGGAAAGGGGAAAAUGUUUUCAAGAAUGGGGAAAUAAAGUAAUAUCGCCAAUUGUUAAGGACACUGUACCACAAAUCAUUGAGGUGGAAUGAAGCUACAGAAUCCUGAUGGAUGCCUCACUACAGGUUGUUAGUGGUGAGAAACUCCUUCUUGUACCUUUGGAUCAAAUAUUUGGAAGCUCUUCCAAAGUGUUACUGCUUUGUUGCUAACUGACUUCUGAAGAGAUGACAAUUUUUAAAAUAAGCGUUACCCCAUUUGUUGUUUUGGAGUAGAGAUAUGAGGCUAAAUUUAAGCCCUAAGUUUGUUUAGCAUUAAUAUAAGCGCACAUAUAACAUAGAGGCCUAUACUCAGUCUGGCAAGACCUGGUAAAAGCAGGAGUAAUUUGUGCCUGAUGUAUGAUGGCUGGGUGAGGAUUUGAGCUAAAAUAUGUGAAUGAUGCUCCUGGACACCAGGCUGUGCUCUGGAAUCAUACACACGCCUGCUAUGUUGUUACAAAAAUAGCCCUGCACAUUCCCCUCCAGGCCAAAAUUAGUUCCUUUCUUAUUUUCUAAAUAAAAACCUUACCCACAAAUGUGAAAUCCCCAGCUACCUAAUGCAAACUCAUCCAAGUGAUAUGAAGGAUUAGAAUCUCAUCCAAGUCAGGUUACAAAAGGUGUGAGAUACAUAUGCAGAGGCACUGUUAGGCACCAAUCUUGAAAUUUACAGUGCACCAGCGUACCCAUAUGUAGCUUUGUUGAUAGGAAUAAGAUUCUGUCCUGCUUCAGUGAAUUGAAGGAUCAGGGCCAUAGGUUUCAUGCUCAUUACUAGAACUAAAGCUGCAGGGAUUUACCCUUAAUUUGAUGUGUGGCUGGAAACUAGUUUCAAAGCAAUAGGAGAUAGGUUUCUAAAGAUGUCACAAAAUAUAUUGGUGCUCUGAAAGUAUAUUAAAUUAUGAUAUCGCUGUUCAAGUGGGUUCUUAUCUAUGGUCAUAAAUUAGCCUCAUUCCUCUCUAGUCACGUUGCUAACGGGUUGAGUUGCUGUGCAUUUCAUUUUUUCCUUUCCACAGUAGAUGCAAUUAUGAAAUUUCUGCGUUAGUAAAAUUUUUGCAGAACUUCACAAUAAAUGAAAAGGCAGGAAAAAAUAAAGGAUGAACCAUUGCUUAAGAAUAAAUGCUUAUUGGUCUUGAGAAGCUACAUUAAAGAUUCAAUUUAAAAUGCUGCACAAGUUUAGGUGGAACACAUCCAAGCUUUUCAGAUAGGUGGUCAUUGAACAAAGAUAUAGUUUAGAGGGGAGAAGCUAGUCUUGUAAUUCUAUGGUCCUAUUAUAAAACAAAUUCUGUAAUCUGAUAUUUUGGCUGGAAUAUUGAGUAGACUACAUAUGGUAAUUCUACAUGGUGAUGGAAACAAUGAAUGUCUCUAAUCCCACUUGGAAAUGGUUAAUAGCAUUAUUGUGUGUAGGUGUUUAAUGAAAAUCUAUAAAUUCAUCUGUGUUGAAAAAUGGCUAUUCCCUAGUGUCAGUUAUCUCUGUUAAUGUAUUAUUUAUUUACUAAAUGACAGACAACUUUAACAUAAACACAAAUGGACUGUAGCUUUUAGUCUUCUCUGGAAGAGUAUAAAAUAGUGAAACAUUUUCAGAUUUUUGAAAUAUACCUGUGCAUUUAUUAUUGAAUAAACAGAUUUUUACAUGAAAAUUAUAGCUUGAGAUACAAUCUAGUACAAUAGGAUACUUAGCUAAAAGUUUGUCAUAGUUUUAUUAUUAUUACAUUUUUUAAUUGUUUUCUACUGUUGCAAUAAAAUAAUUCACAAAAAGAUAUAUACGGUAGCUUGUGUCCCUUUUCUCUUCCUUUCAAACUUCAGUUAAAGACCAUACAAAUCAUAGAAAUAGAGAUUGAAAA